AUGGUCUUCUUUCUCAAAGCAAGAAGUCAAAAGGCGGAGUGCCAGCUUCAGACUUCUACCGAACAUGGCGAGGCUGAGCGCGCGCGUCACCCGGCUCCGAGCCCCUCCCCUUCCCUGAAACAGCCCCCACCCCCACCCGCGUCUGCGUCUGCCGCAGCGGGGGUGUUUGGGCUCCUGGUCGGAGGAGGGGAGAAACAUCCUCCCUUGAUCCUUACUGCUUGGGCUCCCUCGAGCAAGGAGGGAGCCGCCGCCGCCGCCGCCGCCACCACCCGGGCUCAACCGCAGGCUGGAGACAGACGGGGCCGGGAAGAGACAGAGACUGAGGAGGAGGAGGAGGAGGGGGCGGGGCGACGCCCGGUGACCGGAGCGCCGCAGACUGGCAGCUGCAGCGUCUCCCCCCUUUGUGUCUGGUCUGCUCUGGUCGGAGGCUCGCAAGCUGCUCUCCCCCACCUCCCACCCCGCCUCAGCCGGGGUGCGGCGUGUCUAGGUGCCCCCUCCCCCUCCCUGGGCCCCUCCAUCCUCGCGCCGCCGCCCCCUCCCCCCACGAGCCCCGCGGGGAGCGAGCGUCGAGGAGCCGCCGCCGCCGCAGCAGCCGCAGCCCCAGCCGCAGCAGCGGGAGAACCGAGCGAGGAGGGAGCGGGGCGCGACCCGGCGGCGGCGGCAGACCCGGCUUCCUCGGGGGGAGGCUGGGGAGCCAUUGACGGGAGGAGGAGGAGGAGACGACGAGCCCCGGACGGCUGGGGAAUGGACCUCGGAGCGGCUCGCGGAACCCCGGCCCCGGGACUUCGAGCGUAA